CACUCCACUGCCUCGGUCAUGUGAUCGCUUGCUGUCUGAGCCCAGCCCUGGGCAGCCUGGUGAAGGAGCGAAGCAUCCGUCACACAGAAAAGCUCUGCACCUGUCGAUCAGAGUGCAUGUCGAACACGAACAAACAUAUUCUGAACAAGUGAGGACACUUCCACAUCAUCAGAGGCUGUGCGGUGAUGGGGACACUUCGAGACCUCCAGUUUGCCCUGCAGCUGAAGAUUGAGGAGCUUCGUCAGAGGGACACGCUAAUUGAUGAAUUAGAGCUGGAGUUGGACACCAAGGAUGAGCUCAUUCGGAGGCUGCAGGAAGAACUGGAUCGCUGCAGGGCCACCGUGUCCCUGCCAGGACCAUCUGUAAUCACUGCUGCUGAAGGUGUGGAGAACCACAGAAGGACAAUUUGUGAACCUCUUAGUCCGGACCUAGUAACUGUAAGCUUGCUUCCUGACAAAAGCUGUGAGAAGAGCCAGCGGUCUCAGAUGAUGAUUCAAGCAGCAUUCAUGAAGAGUGACUUGUUGAAGAACCUAGAUGAAGGAGAAAUCAGAGCUGUCACGGCAUGUAUGGUUUCCAUCACCAUCCACCGAGGCUGCUGUGUCAUUCAGGAGGGAACACGUGGGGCCCAGGCCUAUAUUUUAGAAGAUGAGUUUGUGUUCUUCACAGAGGGCAGGUUGGACGUGACAAAGGACGGACACAAACUGCUCGUGCUGGAACCAGAAAAUCUGUUUGGGGAACUGGCGCUCCUAUAUAACUGCACCCACACCUACUCUGUCUCAGCACAGACAGUCAGCAGGCUCUGGGUUAUUGACCGUAAAACUUAUCAAAAUAUACUGAUGCAGAGAAACUUCAGCAGCCUUUCUCAUGCCAUGGAGCUUCUCAGCAGUGUUUCCUUCUUGCAGUCAUUACCACGGGAUGUCAUCAUGAAAAUGUCUGAUCUCAUGGAGGAGAUGCACUACGGUAAAGGUGACUACAUUAUUCGCCAAGGUGCCACUGGUGAUACGUUCUAUAUAAUUAGCAAAGGCCAGGUGAAAGUGACAGAACAUACUCCAGGAUGUGAAGAGCAGGUCAUCCUUUCAGAACUCUCUGAAAGACACUGGUUUGGAGAAAAAGCUCUGUGGGGAGAUGAUGUGCGGACUGCCAGUGUGAUUGCUGCCAGUGAUGUGACAUGCUUGGUAAUAGACAGAGAGACCUUCAAAGAUGUCAUGAGUGGAUUGGCAUUUGAUGAAAGUCACAAUGUGCAACAAAGUGAUGAAUCCAGUGUCAGCAGUUCAGACGAGGAUCCUAUGCUUCUCUCAUGUGCCACGCUGAGGGACUUCCUAGUUCUUGGCACCCUGGGAGUUGGGGAGUUUGGUCACGUAGACCUGGUACAACUAAAGAGCAACGUUAAGUGUGUGUUUGCCAUGAAGGUUCUUAAGAGCACGCUGAUUUUUAACAAUGGCCAACAAGAGCACAUCCGGAGAGAGCGACGCAUCUUGACAGACCUUCACUGCCCAUUUGUUGUCAGGCUGUACAGAACCUACCGAGGUGCCGAGUGUGUGUACAUGUUGACAGAGGCGUGUCUUGGUGGGAAUCUUUGUCGUCUUCUCAGAGAUAAAGGAUCCUUGGAUGAAUGCAGUACCAGGUUCUACACGGCUUGUGCUGUCCAGGCUUUAACCUACCUCCACUGUCACGGCAUCAUCUAUAGAGAUUUGAAACCAGAAAAUGUUGCUGUGGAUGAUCGUGGAUAUGCCAAACUGAUGAUAUCAAGAUGUGUCAAAAAAGUUGAAUUGGGUCAUAAAACCUGGACCUUCUGUGGCACACCAGGCUACAUGGCCCCCGAAAUCAUCCUGAACAGAGGCCACAGUACGGCAGUAGAUUUCUGGUCACUGGGCAUUUUUGUCUUUGAGCUCCUGAGUGGUGGCCUCCCAUUCAGCGGUCACGACCAGAUGAAUAUUCUCACUGCAACCAUACGUGGCAUCGAUCAGAUCGACGUGCCGAAAUCCAUCAGCAAAAGCGCCUCCAGUCUCAUCAAGAAACUGUGCAGGAACAAUCCCUCUGAGAGGCUCGGCAGUCAGACAAAGGGAGCCAAGGAAAUUCAGAAGCACAAAUGGUUUGAAGGAUUCAACUGGGACGGCCUCUGUAAAAGCACAUUAAAGCCACCGAGCAUUCCCAAACUACAGUCUCUUUUGGACAACAGUGAGACUGCCUAUUAUACUGAGCACAACUCAGUAAUGCUGUGCACAAAUUGGGAUGAUUUCUGAAUAAAAAA